AUGUCUAAAGAAAUGCUGUCUCUUCAAAUCGAAUCUCAGUAUUGCAGAGUUUGCUUGAGUCCUCAACUAAUUUUUAAAUUAGGCAGUAUUGUUGAUAAACUAGCCACUGCUGCAUUAAAAAUCUUCAAAAUUGGUAGAAACGAAACAAACAAGAAAGAUUUGGGUUCCUCCAAAAAGUCUAAUUUAGAAAGUUGGUUAUUUCUGUUUUCAGCUAUACAUGUAUUAAGUUAUAACUUUUGUAUUGGCUGGCUAUUUGGAGAAUCACACAAGGAUUAUCCUGGAAUUAUUUUGGGUGCAGAACGAUUUUUUGCAGUUGUGGAAGAUAGUCUAGGUAAAUUCACAUUGAUAGAUGCGUAUCUUUCGGUUGCAAAUGGAUUUCGUUCUUCCAACUUUUAUAGUACUGCUUCUGAAAAAGAAAAUUUGAAUCGUGCAUCCUUACCUAACAUGCAAUUAAUAUACACCAUUGAUGGUGUUGAAGAUCAUAGGAAUAUGCGCAUAAUAAUGAAUGGUGAUGAAUUAGAUGUCAAAUUUCUUUCAGAUUCGAUAGUAAUAUUGGAACAUACAGUGGCAUCGGUAUCUAAGGUUCAAAAGAUUUUCAGCCAAAGAGUAAAACCAAAUAUUGUUCAAAACGAACCAAAGACUUCAGAUUCCAAGGGAGAUUAUAUACAAUCAUUCAAAUCUGCAUUUGCAACAAUAGAAAUUAUUGCUACAUUUGCUGGAUCGAACGUUUUGCUAUAUCGCUUAAGAGAUAACGACGACCUGAAUCCACCAUCAUUGUUUCUUCAUUCACCGGCUGUUAAAAUAGCUACGAUGUAUAAGCAUCAAAAGAACGCAAAUAAAAAACAUGUUAUCAAGAGUGAAAUUCUCACGUCUUCUUCUGAUAAUACCCUAUAUUCUUCAUGCAUGCCUGUUAUAAUGGAUAUUGCACAAGGUAUUAAAAAAAUGAUGCGUAAGACAAAUUUGGAUAAUUCAAAGGUGGCAAAGAAAACUACGUAUGAGUCAACUAAAGAUUUUGAUUUUGGUGACCUGUUAAAUGAUUUUGACAUUCAUAUAGGUGUUAGAAUUGAAAGACAAAAGCUAGCAUUAAGUUGUGAACCAACAGCGAAGGUUGCGACAGUAGUUGGGAUAGAUGGCAUAUAUAUGCAAAUAAAUACCGGUCCUAAUGAAAUACCUUCAAUUACAGCAGCAGUCCAGUUUGAUUCUAUAUCGGCAUCCCUUCAGCAUAUAUAUUCGAGAGAGGUGAGUGGGUCGAUUGGGUUGGAACGGAUUUUGCUAACAAGCUCUGUAAAAAUGGAAAAGGUUUUGAAUAUAUUAUGCUCCGGCUCAUUCACGGAUGUCGAAGCCUACAUCAAUGUUAAACAGUUCCAAGACUUGAACUUAUUUAAAGAUAUAUGGUUCCCAAAAUCUAAAUCAGAAUCGCACUCAGAUAUAGGCGGUCAUAGAGAAGGGGUACUUCAAACUAAUAAGACAUCUGAGUUAGCUGCAAAUAAGAAUAUAUCUUCUCGGUUUAAAGAAGUUUCAACGACUUAUGCCCUUCCUUGGUUUUUAACCUUUAUGAUAUUCAAUGUUUCCUUGAGAAUGGAUUUUGGCCAAUCAUUAGGCAAUUUUAAGCUAAAAUCUGAUAGAAUAUGGGUUGUUUCCAAGAAAUCCACAGAUUGGACACAGGAAUUAAAGUUAGGAGUAAAUUCGAUUAUGUUAUUAGCAGAAGGAAGAUUAAGUGGUGUUUUGAAUAUUAAUAGUAUAUUUUUACAUACUGCGAUUACAUGGAAAAAUAAUAAUCAAACAACUUUGGAUGUUCCAUUGAUAUUGGUUUCAGGAGGGAUCGAGAGCUUACAACUCAAAUUGUCCUUUGAUUAUCAUGUUUUUGCUAUUGCUAAUAUUCAAAAGUACUCGAUUGAUAUUUUUAAUAAAAAGAACGAACUAAAUACAUCGAAAGAUCACUUAUUUGUUACUACUAAGUUCGACAAUGCAGAGUUUUAUAUAACUUCAUUGGCGGCUUCUAACGUGUUGGAUAUAUAUAAUGCAAUAAUUCGGAUGAUACAGGAAAACAGAACGUCAUACAAAGAAACAUUGAGAGAUUCUUCAAGGGGAAAGAGUAUUGGAAAUGCUGGUUUCAAGAGAACUGCAAGCAAUGAGAUUUUAGAGACAGUGAAGAAAUUGGAGACCAAGAUAGAAGUCAUAGCAGGUAACUUACUUAUUCAUGUUUAUCCGUCAUCAUUUAGCGAUUCAAAGGUCCUCGUUAUAACCUUGGAUGAAUCCAUAGCCAAUUUUCAACAAAAUGAGUACAGUAAAGGUAUAUCCAAUCAAUUGGAUAUACAAUUUAAUGAUUUAAACGUUUCUUUAUCGAUAGCUAGUAUAAUGCUGGAAGACUUCAUAAGUCGGUGCAGCGUUAAUGAGUUUGUUGGGUAUGCUCGUAAGGCUGCUGGCGGUACAAUAUUUGUUUUCCCAUCUUUCAAAAUUUCUAUGAGAACCUUUCAAAAAUAUCGGUCUAAUCUUAUAGAGUAUUUAUAUCAAUCAUCAUUCGGAAAAUCGGUUGAUAUUAGAUGGAAUUUAGGUUCAAUUAUUUUUAUUCGUGAAAUGUAUUCAAUCCACAAGAAUGCCUUUGCAUCACGUACCGAAUAUAAAAAGGGCAACAAUCAACUUACAUCCUCUGUGAAUAUUGGAUUUAAGGAGGAUAUAUUUGCAAAAGAUAGAAAGCUAUCAUCUGCGUCUAAAUCGUUUAAUGCUGAAGAUCCAACGAACGAGAUUGAUCAAGCCAUUAAUGAUACUUUAAAGAAAGUUUCAAGUGAUUCGAAAUUCAGCUACUCGCCACUAGCACCCCCUAUUAUAGAGGCACCCCAGCUAAAGGAAUUGGGAAAUGCAACUCCACCAUUGGAAUGGUUUGGAUUACAUAGGAACAAAUUUCCUAAUGCUACGCAUCAAUUGGGUAUUGUCAGCUUGCAGAAAUUAAUACAUGAAGUGGAAUUACAAUACUCAAAGAUUUUGGGCAAAGCAUAA